CGUGAUAAAUGCAUUGUAAACAUUCAUAAUUGAUCGAAUAAGAUACUGAUCAAAUUAAAAAAUCUUCCUUAAAAAUAAUUCAAGAGUUAACUUGACCUUUGUAUUGUUUCUAUUGACGUCAAUGGAAGUAGGCGUGGUUUAUAGAGUGCGUGCGUGCAGGGUGCAGACGGAAAAUCGGAAAAUGUUUUGAACCUAGAUGUCAUUCCGUUCGUCCGUCAAAUGUCAAGUGGGAUGAUAAUAGUGGAUAUUUCCAUUACAUGAUUUGAUUAGUCUUACCAUACAUUUGAUUUCACUUUAUCGAAGUAGUGAUUUGUUUGACACCAUGGCUGAGAAAACAACACCAGCACUCUUCAUAACCGCAAAUGUUGGGUCCAUUUUUGAAGAGCCAAAUGUCAUGUUGAAACUAUGGACUGAAGAAUUCCUUAGUACGGUGGCGAGGCUGGAGCCCAAGUUUCUCGCACUGCACUGUCAGGAGGUGGGGGGCAAGAACUACGAGCAGAGUAUGAAGCACGUCGAGUACUUUGUCAGACUGCUGAUGACCAGCGAGGAAUUGAGGUUAUUUGACAGAGUCAGAGUCUACCUAGACGAGGACUACUCAUCAGCCGAGAACUUUACUGCACUUGGAAACUUCUAUUUCAUCCACGAGUCUGUACCUGAUGUCCUUAUUUGGGAUUUUAAAGAACUGAAUUUUGUUGCUGUGGAAGGGAAAGACGUCCACUCUGGAAACAUCGAAGAUGUCCAAACCAAAGAAAAAUCCAAAUUCCCUCAAGACUUUUUCCCAGAGUGUAAGUGGUCUCGGAAAGGUUUUUUACGGACGAGAUGGAAUCUUAACGGAACCAUUUUUGACCUAGUCAACAUCCAUCUCUUCCAUGAUGCCUCCAACUUUGUCGCCAUGGAAACAUUUCCGUCCGUCUAUUCCAAGACCAGACAACGAGCGCUAGAAUAUACGCUAGACAGGUUUCACACAGACCAAUAUGGAUCUGCUCCGUUCUUCUUGUUUGGAGAUUUCAACUUUAGAACAGACAUGAAAGGUGUUAUAAAGAAACUCGCCAAUGGAUUGAACCCUGUUGAAGUCAAUAGUACAAAAAAUAACGAAAUCAACAAACUUUUAUUCAGGGAUGAAGAACAGGUUAUUUUAACACUAGGAAAAAAGGAAUUCAGCCACUACGAUCAUCAAAAUUUGUUCAUAAAAAAUGCAGGAGAAUGGCUGAAGGAGUUUGACAAUGAGUUGGGUUGUUUUGCUGGUCAGCUGUUUGAGUUUCCGAUCCAGUUUCCGCCCAGUUACCCAUAUGAGGAGGACACCCACAGUGGACGACAGUACAUGCAGACUCGAUGUCCGUCGUGGUGCGACCGCGUCGUCCUCUCCGAGACUGCCAAGCUACUUGUCCAUCAGAUUGACGACGAGAAAAGUAUUGAAUACGGCUCUAUUGGAGAGGAAACUUGUAUGGGAGAUCAUAAGCCAGUGUUCCUGCGACUAAGCAUAGUUGGUGAGGCAGGAGCUAAGAAUGCAGACGUAUGGGAAAGAUCGAACAUUGUUGUGGACGAAAGGAUGUUAACUGAUCCUGCAUCUAUCACAAGAUAUAUUCACUACAAGGACUCCGAACCACCGAAGAUAUUCAAGGAAACCACCGUCUAAUCUUCCACCAGCACAGCAUUGUAGUACAGAUAUAAUUUUAUAAGAUGGCACUUGGCUCCUCUAGAAAACAUCAGGCACUGUUGUUACUCUUCAUCCGUAGAUUGCUUACCACCCCUUAGACAAUCUAUUAGCACGCUUCCAUGAACAACCUAGUUCAAAAUCCAAUAAUAAAAUUGCAUGUGAUUAUUAAUUAUGCAGUAUUCUCAAAAAUAAUUUAACAAUCAUUUCUGUUCUUAUCUAAUUUAAAUUGGAUUCCUUGGACGGUUUUAUAUAGUUUAACUUUAAGAGAAAAUGAAAGUUCACUGGAAAUAAGUAUUAAAAAGAAUAUUUAUUUCACUCCGUAGUGAUAUUCGGUUUCCUAUUAUUUCUACUAUAAUGAAUGUAUAAAUAAAAAUGUCUUUUAUUAGCAAGCGCUCCUCAGUACAAACUGUUUUAUAGGAUGAGUCUUGUCAAUUAACUAAUCCUAACUUAAAACUAAAGACAAAACAAAAUACCCCUAUUUACAAUAUUUUGGGUAUCUACAACUAUAUACAUUUUCUUCAGCCUAGAUCUAAAAGCUGGGACACCCAGCAUCUUAAGGUUACAGGGGAGGUCAUUGUACAGUUUAGGAUACAUUGAGAAGUAAAAAUAAGUUUAUUUAAAUCUCUAAUUAAAGUUAAACCAUAUAAUAAAGAAAUAUUUUUGAAACAAUAUUCUCUACUCCAUAAUGAAAUAUAAUAUUGGUACUUUCUGAUCCCGAUCAGUAUAUUUAAUAUCAGCCGCUUGUAUGUACAAUGCGAAGAUUAUUUGGUUUGGUUUACAAAGCUUGAAUGAUAAUGAAUGAACUAUGAUGAUUUAGUCCAGACAAAUUUGCUACAUUUGCAAUCCUAGCAAUAUAGAAAGCGGCUUUUAAAAAAAAUAGUCAAUUACUUUAUGUUAAGGAAACGUUGCACAUUGCGUUUGUGUAGUGUUAUUGUUAUUUAUUGCAGCUCUUGAACUCUGGAAUCUUCGCAGCCGAGUCCUCUGAUUUUGCGUUAUUGCUGCUCUCCGAGUUGCUGCUGAAGUUAAUGAUGAAUGAUUCCGUGAUGUCAUAUCACCUAUGUAUGAUGUUCGCAUUUUAGCUUCCAUCGGUCUUGGUCUAUCGUAGAAAAAUUUUCAUAGCAGAGCCUUUGAAUGUUGUGUUUUGUAUUAGUUGUGAUGCGAUGGCAAACUCGAUGAGUUGGGGGAAGUCCAAGGGUUGAUGUCUUUUAAAAGGACCUGAGCGCAUUUCCACCUUCCCCUUGCCAAGGGCUGCAGCCCCUAAGUGCCACCUUAUAAAAUGUUAUCUGUACACGAGUGCACCAAUCCUAUGUCUGCUAGAUACAUUCGCUACAAGCACUCUCAACUUCCCAGGAUAUUCAAAGAAACCACCUGUUACUCAUGUGUCUCUUUCACUCUUCCCAGAAUUUGUUGAUGUCUCAUUGUUGCAAUGGUUUGUAAAUAAUUUAAAAUUUUAUACCUUAUACAGAUCCGUUACAUGUCCUGAAAUGUCAAUGUUUGAAUGUAAGUCUAUCUAAAUGUAUGUUUGUUGUUUACAUAGAUUAACGGAUACGAUUUCAAAGAAUUUUUUGGUACUUGAUAGUUAAGUAUGGCUAUGCAAUUUUUUAAACUUCACUGAUUGUGGUCUCAUAUAAUUAAAAUUAUUAAAAUGUCUGUUAUAGCCAUACAUUAUUUGUUAAUGAUUUUGUUGUUGCCACAAUUACAAGAAUUACAAGAACAAAUAUGGUUAGCAAGACUUUAAAUUCAGAAAACUCGUUCUCAUACUAAAAAUAAAAAAAGUUAUUUAGAUAUAUAGUUUGAGCAAAUAUUAUAGCUGCUUUUCUUAGUUCAUUUUUUCACCUAACGGUGCCAAUUACGAUCUGCGAAUGCAUAUUUUCUUUAUUACUUAACUUUUGUGCACGAUAUUUUUAAAAUGUUAUUACAGUACAUACAAAAAAUUAUUUAGAUUAGAAGUAAUAUUUUUAAUUAUUGAUGAUUUUACUGUAAAAUUAUUAAAAAUAUUAAUGGGAACUCCUUAAAAAAAUGUACAAAAUUGUAAUAUGCUUCCUAUCCUACACUAUAGACAAAGGCCACCAAUUUGUAAAAUGAAUUUGUUAUCACGACCCAUGAUCAUUUUCAUUGUUUAUGGUAACAGGGUAUACAUCAGGAUAAAAUAACACCAAGGUUUCAAAGACCAAUUGUUGACUAAUUUUAUUUGAUAUGACAAGACAAAUAUUUUUUAUUCGUAAAUUUUUAACAUUUAUAAGUAAAAAUAUAAAAUCCAGGAGUAAUAAAUUCCACUUUGUACUAACAAAGUUUGUGUUAUUGUUUAUAUACAAUACCUUUAUAAUAUGAGUAUAUGAUUACUUUCUUCUUUGAUAACUAUUUGUUAAAAUUAUUAUAAUUUUUGUUUUUAAUUUUCGUAGGUGUUUUUACCCUAAUAAAAGGUACUCUUUUAAACCAAAUAUUGUAGUAAAUAAAUGUAUAUACAUGAGGAUUAAGAAAUGUAUACAUAUGUACCUUCUUUAAUUUAUCUUGAGUAAAAGUAAAACUUGAUUUUAUUUUUAUAUUUUUUGUUUGUAUAGAAAUAUGUAAAUAGUAUCAUAGCUUAUGAAAUUAAUGUUAAAUGUUAACAGUUCUUCUACAACUUGCUAUUGCUUGUUUUAUUGUCGUGAACAAAAUAGCGUGUGUAUAAAGCUGUGAUGUAUAGUAAUCAUGCUGAUAAACUAUCCUAAAAUAGGGUAUCACCCUAAAAUAAAUUUUAAUAGUCGUUAAACGAGUUAUCCUUUUUAGUUAAAACUAUUAUCUUAAACCUAGAAUCCCUACGCUUAGAUUGAAAGGAUAUUUUGUCAUCCUUUUGGUUGGUUGUUGUGAACGAAAUGAGCUCUUCUUCUAUAUAUUUUUUAAUUUGUUUGUUGAAUUUCAGAAUGGUAUGAAAAUGUUGUUAUUGUGUUCUUAAUUCUAUUAAUUAUAAUAGGUAACUUGUUACUGUAGAGUAACUUUUCAUGGCUCACAGUAGUUUCACUGAAUUGUUUUAAUUUUGUUUUAUUUUUUUACCCUAAAAAUUUACAGUACUUAUAAAAUUAUGCUGAUGUUUGUACCGUUAAAAAUCAAAUAUUUCAAAGUACAUAACGACCCAAUGAUUCAAAAUGCAUUGGUAAUGAUGAUCCAUUACGUUGGGAUUCUAGACUUCUAGGUCUAUUAUUUACUGUUAAUGAAAAACAAUCUAAUCUUGUGAUGUCUAUUCUUAAGCACCUUCAACUAUCUUGCACUAGUCUCACUCAUUCUAAAUCUAUUAUUAAUUUGUUACGCUUUAAACUAUUCUGGGACGUGUGUUGAAUUAGCGUAGAAUGAUGAUUAAAAUCGUAGACUUAGAUUAUUGAUAGACCAGUAUUGUACUUUUAAGUUAACCAGUCCUUUUGUAGUGUGUAAGCAUCCGUCUUAACAAGCUUUAAAGUUUCUUUAGGAUAGAAAAGUUGCCAUUUGUAGUUACCUUUAUUUUUUAAGCUGUUUCUAGGUUAAGUUAGUUAAAAAGUUAGUUUUAUUUAUGUGUGAUAUUCCUUUUAGUGUAAAACAACUUAGUUAUUGCUCAAGUAAAUCUAGCUUUCUUUAGUUUAGUUUAUUGCUGAUUACAGUUAUUUGCUGGUUUUGGUGUGGUAAACAAAUAAGUAGGCCUAGCCAAUAGGAUUGUUGAAACUGUGACCUUUAAACAUAAAUUUAGUUAAAUACUCUUAGAUUUAAAACUUGUAAAUUUUCUAUGUGGUUGGUAGCUUUUAAUAUUGACUUGUGUUUUAAUUAUUUGUGUAUACACCACUGAAUUUACGAUAAAAAUUCAAACAAAUUCUUUUAGCGCUCUUACGUUUAUCAACUGUUAAAAUAUUUUGAACCCUACAACUCUCUGUCAUGUUAAAACCUUUGAUUUAUUAUAGGCCUAAUUUACUUUCACUUUAGAAGGUAUUUAAGAUACAGUAUACAGAAAAAGAUACCUGAAACUCAGGAAAAUCGAUCUCAUUUCUAGUCAUUGAUUUAUAUUCUGUAUUAGUUUAAUAUAUUGUUUUCCUAUAUAUAAUGUUUGUGCUGAAUUAAACUU